CAUCUUUCAACAUCAGUCGUAGUCGGUCCGUGGACGGUGGUCUGCGUCUGUCCUUGCCGUGCUCGUGCUGACACGCGGUUGCGCCGUAAACUACCGUGCUUGUCUUCCCGGCAUGGCUGUUUAGUCACUGACUUUGCUUAAGCUUUGCGAUCAUGGGGAAAACUAAAGGUGCGAAACGCUGGAAGAAAAGGCAAGAAUUUGAAGAAAACACGACAGAAGAACAGGGCGAUGACGACGAUGGAAACGGAGAUGGAGUGCCUGCUGCUGCUAGCCAGAAACUCAGCACCGCUGCAACGGAAGACGAAUUCGGGGCCAAGGACUAUCGUUCACAAAUGGAACUUAGGCCCGAUCAUACAUCUCGUCCUCUUUGGGUGGCUGCUGAUGGCCAUGUCUUUUUAGAAGCCUUUUCACCGGUGUAUAAGCAUGCGCACGAUUUUUUGAUAGCUAUAUCUGAGCCAGUUUGCAGGCCACACCACAUUCACGAAUACAAGCUGACAUCCUAUUCCUUGUAUGCUGCAGUCUCUGUCGGACUUCAGACGCAAGACAUCAUAGAAUACUUAAGGAGACUUAGCAAGACUAGCAUUCCAGAGGGUAUCAUAGAGUUCAUAAAGCUUUGCACUGUCAGCUAUGGUAAAGUCAAACUUGUCUUGAAGCACAAUCGGUACUUUGUGGAAAGUCCUUUCCCGGAUGUACUCCAGAAGCUUCUCAAGGAUCCAGUUAUACAGGCAUGCCGCUUAAGGCGGGAUGCAGAAAAUGACACAGAUCUGAGCGUUGUCAUGAGGGAUAUUCUAAGUGCCACACUUCCUAUCAAAACUCACGCUACAGAGGACAAGGCUGAUGACAAAGUUCAAGCAGCUAGCGUCCCUGAUGACAUUACUGCCUUUUAUGAGAAAAUGGAGAAAGAUGAAGAUGACGUAGAAGACUCUCAAACGGUGUCAUUUGAAGUCAACCAAGACUACAUUGAGAAGUUGCAAAAGAGAUGCAUAGAACUUGAGUAUCCUUUGUUGGCCGAGUACGACUUCAAGAAUGACACUGUCAACCCAGAUAUCCAUGUUGACCUGAAGCCAUCUGCCAUACUCCGACCAUAUCAAGAGAAGAGCUUGAGAAAGAUGUUUGGAAAUGGGCGAGGAAGAUCAGGGGUUAUUGUCCUUCCAUGCGGUGCUGGAAAAUCGCUGGUGGGUGUCACAGCCUGCUGUACCGUACGCAAGCGAUGCCUUGUCUUGUGUAACUCGGGCGUGUCCGUCGAACAGUGGAAAGCACAGUUCAAAAUGUGGUCAACAGCAGACGACAGCGUCAUUUGCAGGUUUACAUCAGAGGCCAAGGACAAGCCUAUGGGUGAGUAAAACACAAUGCACUUACACUGGUUGGAUGGGCA